CGUUGUGGCAACCUCUAGGCUGCUUCCCAGGUAGGCAGCCUGUUUGACCAGCCUCCCCAGCUGAAUGCAUAGACCGGCCAAGCGAUACCCACCUCAUCGCAGCCGCAUUUACCCUGAUACAUAAGGCUCGCUGGUCUCCGAGAGAGGUUCGCACCCCGCCGGGAUAAAUAAAAGUUUGUCCUGUCCUGGUUUGGUUUAUCUGCCCGUGCUUACCUGCGGGGGCGCGGCAUCCUUCUCGAGCCUUGUCUGGUACCACUCUGCCGGUCUUGGGGAGGAGUAUACGGGCAGCCGCUAUUGGUACCGUCUCUAUCAAUCUCUCACGCAACCUUUUCGUCACCUCGGCCCUCCCAGAUGGAUGUGAAAUAGUUCAGGCACCCCUGGCAUGAUCCACGCAGGUUGCAAGACUGCUUCGCCCAUCGAGCGCCUUAUACCCGCUGCGUGCGUACUUAUAUGCCGGUUGUGUCCACUCUUUGCUGCCUCGAUACGCAGCCGAGGGCAACUCGCAUGGCUGGCUUGCAUAUAUUACAACAUACACCCACCAAACACGCCCACCCGCACCUCGACAGCAUCCACACCCACUCCCUCUAAAUAGGUCGUCCCCGCCCGCACCUCAUACACCAACACGACGCACGUAGCUGCUAGUCGCGAUCUUGGUUCCCUGCCGGAGAACCCUCAACCAGUGCGGACUGGCUGACGUUGUUCGCCAAAGUCAGCCCGGUCCGAGAUCGCAUUCGAGGACCGACGCGUGGAGAAAAGCAAGGAGGAAAGAUCGAAAAGGAAAGAAAGAACAGGAAGAAAAAGAGAAAAAAAAAAAAAGCAAUUACAGCCCGAAAAAAAAAUUCACCACACAAACACGAGAACUCGACAGCGAACAUCCGCAGCAGGCGCCACUCACACACCGGUUUGUCUGCUUGCCCUUACCGAUCUUGGCCUACCGAUAUUGGCUUUGCCUUUCGCGCUUCUUUUUGGAUUUGGUUUCUUGCCGAUUCUACAUCAAAACUUUCUCAUCUGUCUCUUAGUCCGCCUCCCUGGACUCCUCGACCACCAUUUUGGUCUCGCCAAUGGCCGCACAACCGCAGGCGAGCGAGACCAACUGCAACUAAUAUCGGAACCGCUGCCGUCACCCGCAUCAAUACUUCCUUAGCCAAGACCUGGUGCGACCCAAAGGUGUGGGUUUUUGGAGGAGCAAAGACUGGCGCCAGAGACAACAAACCUUUCCCGCGUCGCGCCACCAGUGACCCUCUGUACAAGCCCCGGGUCUCACUCAUAUGCGGCUGGCCGUGUCACCAUUCAUACCUGUCCCAGAGACGGAGGCCUGAUUGCCCUCGCCCUCGCUCCUCAAGGGGCCAACUGCGCACAGGGCUCGGAGCCACACCUCGACUCGACAGCCCCUCAGAAGCUGCCUGGCCGUCCCGAUCAGAGACAGACGGCGACCACUGUCUGUCAGGUGGGAAACCCUAGCCGUCGCCAUACAUUUCUCACAGGCCCCCGUCCGCUGCAGAUCCCUCGGGCCUCAUAACCGAGUUCCCUCUCGUCUUCGGCGUCCCCACCUCCCUCAUGUCUGCAGCCGUCGAAGCCUCUCAUCGAAGUCAUUUCUUGCCUCCGCUGGACACAAUGGCGAGGCCAGGAAGCGGGUGGGGUCACGAUCCAUACGCCCCGCGGCACGGCGGCUACCUCCAGGACCAGCAAUACUCGCAGGCGCCCCAGCCCCCGUGUGAACGACUCCCGGGCCCCUCGAGCCUGCUCUCGUCCCAGUCCCAUGCCGCAGCCUCGCCUCCGCCACAGGCGCCCACACCCGCCCAUCAGUACCCAACCUCACCGUCUGUCCGGGAUGCGCACUACAGUAGCAACCACCGACCAGCCUGCUAUACCGCCGACUACGCGACCCCGUCCCCAAUCACCCAAACACCACCUCUCCUUCCCGGCCCGGCCCCAGAGCAGCCGUCGCACUACUACCCUGUAGGGCCGCGACGACAUCCAGACGCCCGCCUCUCACCGACGCAAUCAUCGGCCACCAGCGACAGGUCCGACGAUGUAGUGGCGCCAGACGGGUCCAGGGGUCAUGGCAGCCACUUUUUUCACCCGUCAAGAGGGCCGGCAGCCUUUCAACAAGCGCCACCAGUGGUGCCCAACCCGGGGCACCAUAUGCAUCAACCCAGCAGGUCACAUCCGCAACAGGAAGAUAAUCGUCAUGCCGCUGCUGUCGGCGGCCUGAUGGGGAAGCUUGUGCCACGGUCGUACUCUGCUAACGGACGACAAACACGUUCCAACGCUCCUCUUACCCCUACCAUGAUCCACCAGCAGCCACCUCCGCCGCCUCCGCCUCCGCCUCCGCCAUCGGCACCUCACCUGAUCAAAACACAGCUCCCUCCCCAUCAGCAACAGCCUCCGCACCCCGCAGAACGACAGCCGAUUCCGCCUACAUACCACAGCACACCACAGCAGCAAUAUCAGAGCCCACAGUAUCGCCAGAAGUACUCGACGAGCCCGCCACCGAUGCCGAACGGAUACCCAGCCCAGAUGGAGCAGUACCCGCCAAUGCCUCCCCAGCAGCAGCAGCAGCAACAGCAGCAGCAGCAGCAGCAACAACAGCACCAGGACAGCUUGUCUCCACGACAGGAGACGGUUAAGAUGAGCAUACACAGCAUUCUUAGCGGCGGUGGGGAUGCAGGCGGUAGUGGUGCUGCCAGCAGCGCCAGCAGUGUCGCCGAUGGCAGAGUGGUCGGCUCGUCUACUCGCGCGGGGACGGCCAGCAUCGCGUCAUCCCCCUCGACGUCAUCACAGAAAGCACCUACCAUGCCGCCUCGGGUGCCAAUGGCCCCCGAGUGCCGGAUCCAAACACGACCUGUGGGGCCGAUGGGCAUCCUAUCAUCGCCCUCAACAUCGUCACAAAAGGCACCUGUGACUGCGCCUUCGAUCUCGAACCCGCCCGACUGUCCGGUGCAGGCACAACAGCCGGGACUACCCACCGUCGCACCACCGCCCUCGGUAGCCUCCCAGAAGGCCCCCGCCACGGCAUCGCCACCACCGACUCCAUCAGAAUACCGGAUCCAGGUACGGCAACAGCCCGUAGCUGCGCGAUCAUGUGGAUUCGGCGAGCGCGACCGGCGCGUUAUCGACCCGCCGCCCAUCGUGCAGCUAUUCUACAACAACCCAAAGGCGACCCCGGACGACGUCUCGGCGCGCAUCAGGCACCCGUUCAGCGUGGUGCACUGCUCCAUCUGGAACGAGACGGGCGAGCAGGACAACUCGGCCAUGCCCGAGGACUACCGGCAGCAGCGGCGGCUCAUGGGCACGCUCGUGGCGUCGCCGUUUGUGGGCUUCGACGAGAAGGGCGAGGAGGGCUGCUUCUUCUGCUUCCCGGACCUGAGCUGCCGGACCCCGGGCAACUUUAGGCUCAAGUUCUCGCUCGUCGUCAUCUCGCCCCGCAGCAUGCAGCUCGGCAGCAGGGCGCCCAUCCUCGGCACCGCCAUGAGCGAGGUCUUCACCGUGUACAACGCCAAGGACUUCCCCGGCAUGCAGGCCAGCACGCCCCUGACAAAGAGGCUCAAGGAGCAGGGCUGCCUCAUCAGCAUCAAGAAGGGCAACGACAAGGCGGGCGGCGGCGGCGGCGGCAUGCGUGACCGGGACAACAGUGAUGACGACGACGAUGACGAUGCCGGUGGGGGCGGCGGAGGAGGAGCCGGCGCUGGUGGUGCUGGGCCCGGUCCUGGUGCCGGAAGGAGGAAGCGGCCGCGGAACAAGUGACGGCUUGAUGACAUAAAACCGGUCUUGGAGAGGGUGUUUUUUUUUGGGAGUCUGGGGGGUGUGCGGCCGGCGUCAUCUGUCUAUUCCUUUCCUUGUUUUUUUCCCCCCUGGAUGCGAAGCCUUUGUUUGCUCCUCUUUCGGACUGCUUUCUUGCUUUCUUCGCCUUCUCCUGGUAGGAGCGGCUUCUACGACAUGGCAAGCGAAAAGAUUUUUGUUUCCUUUCCAAGAUACCUUUUAGAUGUCCCAUCUAUUUCUCAACACGAUGAUUUUCUUGUUCGACAUCUAUGCAUCGUC